AUGUCGAAUUUGACUUCAAUCUUCCAAAAGUAUGUCGCUGUCAUCGAUGAAACCAGAAAAGAACAAGGUGAAAGGAAUGAGCACAUUAAAGAAGAAGGGCAGGAGGACUUGGGAAAUUCUGAUGAAAUACGUGAAAUUGUUAAUGAUUCCUUUAUCAAGGAAUGUGCCAAGCUAUUAAAAUUUCUCAUUGAGUUAAAUAGGGUUAUAAAAGAAAUUGAGAAAAACUAUAUGGAUGAUUUAAAUAUGACCGAUGCAGAAAAGGACGAGUUUGAUAUGGAAUGUAGACUGCAAAUUCAACAGUAUUUUAAAAAAUUCGAGUUCCUAGAAAAUUAUGAAAUGGAAAGACACAGCUUGUUACUCAAAAAGUUUCAAUCAAAACCUCAUAAAUGGUCAAAUUUACUUUCUAAUAAAAGCAAUAAUGGUAAACAGGUAACGCAUCCACAAGACUUUGAAAAAGGUGUCCACGAAUUUAGAUUGGGUGUCCUACGAUGUUUAAAUCUAUGGAUAAAAUAUGUUUCUUCCAAAUUCACUACCAUCCAACAAGAAAGAUUGAUAUCAGAGAACAAGAUGAAUUUUAAUUCCACGCCUGUGCCCACUUUAUCCAACAAUGCAGAUGAUUUCUCAGCAGACGCAAUAGAUAUUUCGGUAUCACAAUCUGCUCCCGUCGAAACAGUGCAAGACGAGGUAAAGCACUAUGAAGAGACGAUAUCCAAACUGACCCAGGUGCAACUACAAGUAUUAGAAACAGAACAUUCGGAACUAUUAAACCAAAAAAACGAGCAAUUGAAAAAAGUAGAGACCAUAAACAAAACAAUCUUAGACGUUGUUAAUAUACAGAAUGAAUUAUCUAAUCAUCUAACAGUACAAUCUCAGAAUAUCAAUCUAAUGCUGAAUAAUCAAGAUGAUAUUGAGGUAAAUAUAAAAAAGGGGAAUAAAGAAUUGCGUAAGGCAAAAAGAGCCGCUGGGAGAACCGCUAAGAUGACCACUUAUGGUGCCAUUGCCAUGGGCAUUUUUAUCCUACUCCUAGAUUAUGUGAGUUAA